GGAAGACUUUUGGCUUUUCACAGGAUGAGCUGGAUGAGCUACGUGCUGAAAUGGAAGAGAUGCGUGACAGUUACUUAGAGGAAGAUGUUUACCAGCUGCAGGAACUCCGGCGAGAGUUGGACCGUGCAAACAAGAACUGCCGCAUCCUGCAAUAUCGUCUCAGGAAAGCAGAACAGAAAAGCUUGAAAGUUGCACAAACAGGCCAAGUGGAUGGAGAACUCAUUAGAAGUUUGGAACAAGAUUUAAAGGUAGCCAAAGAUGUAUCUGUCAGACUGCACCAUGAACUGGAGAGUGUGGAAGAGAAACGUGUUAAAGCAGAAGACGAGAAUGAGAUCCUUCGACAGCAGAUCAUUGAGGUGGAAAUAUCCAAGCAGGCAGUACAAAAUGAGUUGGACAGGUUGAAAGAGAGUUCCCUGAAGAGAAGAGGCAGCAGGGAAACGCACAAAGAAAAGAAGGCAUUCACCCAGCAGAAUUGCAAAAUGGAGCUUCUUGGAAAAUGCCAGGCAGCUGUCAAAACACAAAGGAAACUGGUUCUCCAGCGCAAGGAUGACAGUGCUGACUUGAAGUGCCAGCUUCAAUUUGCCAAAGAAGAAGGAGCUUUGAUGCGUAAGAAGAUGGCCAAGCUGGGAAGGGAGAAAGAUGAACUGGAACAAGAACUCCAGAAAUACAAGUCCAUUUAUGGAGAUGUGGACAGUCCCCUCCCUACUGGAGAGGCAGGAGGGCCACCAAGCACCAGGGAGGCAGAGUUGAAGCUUCGUCUGAAACUAGUAGAAGAAGAAGCAAACAUACUAGGCAGGAAGAUAGUGGAGCUGGAGGUGGAAAACAGGGGUAUUAAAGCAGAGAUGGAGGACAUGAGAUGCCAGUAUGAAAAAGAAUGUCUUAGCCGGGACCACGUUUCAAGCAUUCCUACCUCACCGUAUGGUGACUCUGUGGAGUCAGCCACAGAGCUGCGCCGUCACUUGCAGUUUGUUGAAGAAGAGGCAGAGUUGUUGAGGAGAUCAAUCUCUGAGAUUGAGGAUCACAACAAACAACUGACAAAUGAACUGAACAAAUUCAAGUUUGAGCCCAGUCCGGAGUCUGCUUGGCUGGAAGAUGCUGCUUCUAAAUGUGGCGGAUCCCUACAAGAAGAAUUGAAAUCAGCCAGGUUACAAAUCAAUGAACUGAGUGGAAAAGUGAUGAAACUCCAAUAUGAGAAUCGUGUGUUGAUGUCCAAUGCGCAGCGUUAUGAUCUGGUCUCUCACUUGGGGCUGCGCACUUCAAGUCCCAGGGACAGUGAUGCUGAGAGUGAUGCAGGCAAGAAAGAAAGUGACAGUGAAGAAGGCCAUCCACCUCAACCAAAGAGAGAGGGGCCCAUUGGGGGCGAGAGUGACUCAGAAGAAGUUUAUGAGAAGACAUCAGGUUUUGCUAGUGGAAAGCAUUCAGAAGUUAGUGACCUGUGUUCUACUGAGCUAGUGAGGGUGAAAGAAGACACAGAGUCUAUCAUUAACAUCAAAUAUGAGGCUGAACGGCUUGAAAGAACUGUAGACCGCCUUAUUACUGACACAGAUAGCUUAAUUUAUGAUGCCAAGGUGCACAUAACCAGUAGUCCCUCCACUGAUCAGGGCUUCAAAAGUGAAGAGAGAGGGGAAGAUAAAAAUGAACCAGAACUUCUGGACACUAUCAACUCAAGGAUGAAAGCUUUCCGGAAAGAGCUGCAGAACUUUCUAGAGAAAGUUGAUCACAUUGGGGAAGGCCUCAAAGAACAAAUGGAAGAUCUCUCUCCCCUCCCUCACCUCACAGAGUCUUCCAGUUUUCUGUCCACAAUGACAUCCAUGUCUCGAGACUCUCCCAUUGGUAACCUUGGAAAAGAGUUAAUCACAGAUUUCCAGUCCAAACUGAGAGAUCAGAUGGAGUGGCAGCUCAGUCAAGAUCGUGGAGAGGAGCAAGAUGUUCAUCACCGUCGAGCCACCAUUGAACCACACCGCAGAGCUGAUGGAGACAUUAAACUCUACAGGCCAGGAGACGAGGGCUGUUUCAGUCUAGAGCUCAGGGAUUCCCAUGUUUUACCUGUACAGAAUGUAUCGAUACAGGAGCUUCAGGCUCAGCUUGAGCAGGAGACAAGACUUCACCAAGAGGAGCAAGAAAAGUUUACAGAGAGGAUCAUUCAGCUGGAAGAGGAACAUCUGCAGACUAUACGGAGGAAAGACUUGGAGGUGCAGAGCUUGACUUUGCAGAACAAACUGGAAGAGAAGACCUGGAGCCAGGAAAAAAAUCUGAUGCAGCAAGAACUCAGGCACUUCAAACAAAGCACUUUUCUGCUGUAUGUUAAAUUGAAGUGGCUGCUGAAACACUGGCGGCAAGGCAAGCGGAUGGAGGAUGAAGGGGAGGACAUAUUUGAGAUUGAACACCUUGAUGUCCUACCAGAGUUUGGCAUUCAGUCUGAACAAAAAGGAGAUGACCCAAAUCGAGAUGAGGAGGAAGAGGAGGACCUUGUGUUUGCACUGACAGAUUAUUCCCAGCAUUCCAAGGCAGAGAGCACUGAUCAUGGACCACAGCUACAGACAGUAGAACUGUUGCAACAUCAAAAGCAGGCAAGUGAAAACCGGCAGCUCUUAAAUGCCCUGAAAGCCUUGUUGGAUGACUUUCGGUCCGAACUCCGGGAUGAUGAGCGAGAGCGCCAAGGGCUUCAACAACAGUAUGCCAGAGACAAAGCAGCUUGGGAAGUAGAACUGACAGAGCUGAAGUGCCAUCUGGAGCAGUUGGAAGGCAAGAAUGAAAAAAUCCAAGGAGGAGCUGGUCUCCCCACAGAGACAAAGGGCGCUUUUAAAAGGGAGAGAGAGGAACACAAGAAACUGUUGGCUGAUAGUCACAGCUUGGUGAUGGACCUACGAUGGCAAAUCCAGCACAGUGAGAAGAAUUGGAAUAGGGAAAAGGUAGAACUUCUGGAUAGAUUGGACAGAGACCGGAGAGAGUGGGAACGUCAGAAGAAGGAAUGGCUGAGAAGGAUAGAACAGCUUCAGAAAGAAGUGAAUCCACGGAGAGGGGACAGUUUCCUUUGCGACCAAAAAGAGAGUAACCUUCGUCCGUUUUCAACCCAGGGGAACCAUCACGUGCCUCGUCCAAUGGGGACAAGAUCCUACUCUGAUUCAGAUGCCAUACAGUUUGAUGAUCGGUCACUGUCUAAGCUGAAGGAAAGUGAUAGAUGCACUGCCACAGAAAACCUCUUUCUUGAAUCACUGUCUUUGGAUUCUCCUGAUGAAUCUGAGGAGCCUCAGCCUCGAAGAUUAGAGCAGGAGAAGUUCUUGACUUGUCUACCUGAAGAAGAAGAAGCGCACAAAGGAAAUCUUCAAAGGGCAAUGUCUGUUUCCUCCAUGUCAGAGUUCCAGCGUUUGAUGGAUAUUUCUCCAUUCCUCCCUGAUAAGACCCUGCCAUCUUCUAGCAGCAAGGAUGAUAUAACACCUCCCCUCUCCCCUGAUGAUCUGAAAUACAUUGAGGAAUUCAACAAAAAUUGGGAUUACAGUAACCCAAGGAACCACACUGGGACUACAGAAAAGCCCACAGAAGCCUGGGCAGAAAGGACAGAGAUUGGAAAAGCAGGGAGUGACCCAAGUUCAGAUCCAUUCCAAGCAUCAUCAUGGUACCUCACCACCAGUGUCACUAUGACAACAAAUACUAUGACCAGCCCAGAACACUGCCAGAAGCAACCUUUGAGGAGUCAUGUUGUAACAGAAAAAGCAGGAGUUAGGGUCUUUCACAGUCCGCCACUUGUCCGUAGGUUUGAUAAUUCAAUGAUAGGUGGCAGUGAAGGGAAAAAGCAGGUUGAGCCAGACUUUUUGUUUUCUGUGACCAAAGCAAUGGGGAGUGUUGGUGAAACAAGAGGUGCUUCCUCAGAUGUGUUUGGCAGAUGGUCUUGUGACCUCACCAAACACCGUAAAGAAUUUCUGGAAAGUGGUCUUCAUCCCAUUGAGCGUCCAAUAUGCACUACUGUGGGCUUUGCAUCACCCUUGCAUAGCCUGGAGUUGUCCAAAAACAUGAGUGAUGAUAUGAAGGAGGUGGCUUUCUCUGUCAGAAAUGCAAUACGUUCUAAUUCUAAUUCAGCGGAGCCUCAGUUUAAGGACACAGCUUGUCAAACCAAUGGUGUGAGAACAACAGGAACGCAGACCACCCAGACUAUCAGUGUUGGCCUGCAGACCGAAACCUUGCGUAGCAUCACCAGCAGUCCACACAAGUGUCUAACACCAAAGGGGGGCUCCACACCUGUCUCAUCACCAUCUAGAAGCUUAAGGAGCAGGCAAGUGGCCCCUGCUAUUGAAAAGGUCCAGGCCAAGUUUGAACGUACUUGUUGUUCUCCAAAAUAUGGUUCUCCAAAGUUACAACGGAAAAUCCUUCCAAAAACAGAUCAGCCAAAUAACCGGGCCUUACCAGGUACACCUCAGAAAGGAUUCAGUGAGUCAGCUUGGGCGAGGUCAACUACUACGAGGGAGAGUCCAGUUCACACCACAAUUAAUGAUGGUCUGUCCAGUUUGUUCAAUAUUAUUGACCACACCCCAGUUUUUCAUGAGACUUUCCAAAAAUGCACCAGGUCUAGCAGCCGCUCUAGAUCAGCAGAACCCAGGUCAGACUUGGGGCCUAUGCAGGAAAUGUGUGCCCGUGGUAGAUCACCCAGUCCCCUACGUUUGGGUGCAGAGAUGCAAAAAGAAGAAGGGGCUGAGGUGGCAAACAUCAGGCAGGACUUAUCUGCUCCUCCAGGAUACACUCUUACAGAAAAUGCUGCCAGGAUAUUGAAUAAGAAACUUUUGGAGCAUGCCUUAAAGGAAGAGAAACGACUAGUCUCACACAGCCCGCCAAAUCUUAGCAAUGACAACAGCACAGGAGAAAUAAUCAAAAUAGAACAAGGGUCCAUUGAGGAACUACCUUGUUCCGCAUUAGCUCCGUCCCUAGAAUCCUGCUUCUCCCGGCCAGAGAGACCAGCGAAUCGGCGCCCACCUUCAAGAUGGGCAUCACAUUCCCCUACUGCCUCACAGUCUCAGUCAACCGGAGAUUUGACUUCCUCUGAGGAAUAUGGAAGCAAGGAGUCGCCAAUGGAGAACCCAAACCAGUGAUGCAAGCUUGCAUGAAUUAUCGUGAGAAUAAUUCAUUGUACUUUGCAUAUUAACACCAUCACCAUGGCCAGUCUCUGUUGACAAGGAGGGAUCUAGUUAUAGAGGUCAAAGAAUGUUUUAAAAUUCAGCUGCUGAAUGUCCAACCUGUGAAACAGAGAUGUUUCUAGAAUGAAACAGUUAAUGUGCCUGUAAUAACUUAAUUUUUUCAUAGCUCAGAAAACUAUUUUUGUCUCCAUCUUUUCUACAUACAGUAUAUUAACAAAAAAGGUAAAAAUGAUAUAAAGAUAAAGAAUACGAUUUAAAAUAAAUUGUACAUUAUGUUUUAAGGGAAAUUGAAUGCGUGCUCUCUCUCCAAAUACUGACUGCCUUUUUGUUAUAUUUGCACUGUUAUGUUUUGGAUUUUGGUUUUUUGGGGGAUUCAGGAGUUAUUUUUCCAUGUAAAAUUAGGGUCUUUUCUUAAGUUAAUUUUAUCCUAUUUUCAUGUCAGUGUUACCUAUUUUUAAAAAAGUAAGGUUCUUGAAGGUGCUUCAUAUAUCUGAAGCGGUAAAUUUUAAGUAGUGAAGAAAGCCAUUAAGCUAGUUGACUAGAAAUGUAUUAAAUAAGCUGGAGGGAAAUACAGGUAAAUACAAGAAAAAAAUUAUAAGAAUGCCUCAGAAAGUCUUAGCUGUAUAAUACACGUACAAUACUUGACUUGCAUGCCUUUGGGUUCCUAGCACUUUUGUGCAUGUACAUAUUGCUACUGUACUCCUACCAUCACAUAAAUGUGCGUCGAUCUGUUUCACUGUAGUACUAUUGUGAAUUUACCUGUACUGUACUUUUACUGUUGGUAUUCUUGCAUUGACUAUACAAAAAAGUUUUUAAAUUAUUGUUAACGGUUCAACUGGCUCUGUACAGUGUUUACUGAGAACUUACUUUGUUUUGGGAAAACAUUGAGAACUCUGGGCAUACUAAAUUGUAACUGGUCUUGUUUAAGAGUCUGUUGGAGACCAUGUGAAGUGGAAAUAAAACCCUCAGUAUUUACAGAC